UUAGGAUGUGUUUCGUAGAAUCGGUAUUAAGUGUGUUUCCAACUUUUUGAUGAUGAUGAACGAACGAUGAGCAAGAAUCAUACCUAGGUAGUUUAAUUAAAUCAUUAGACGCAUUCGUUCAUUUCAUUUCAUUUCAUUUUACUUCAUCCAUCCCCUACCAAAGAUGAUAGGUACUUGUACAAGUACUGUGUACAUACUGUCUGUGUACAUGGUACUUGUUCAUACAUGGUCGGUACCUGGAUGUUAUAUUUUAUUUAAUAGUUUACCGGGUGAAAGAGGGCAAGCGCGAGCCUUUAGUUGUCCGUGCUUCACGGUGGUCUUCAUACAAACAUACCCCUGUCAGCUUCUCGACGCCAACGCCAACGCCAACGCCAUUCCCAAUCUCUCAUCCCUACCCAAACUGUUUUCCCCUUUCCCGUCAACCAUACGACUCCUUCAACUCUUCCUUCUCUUCCUUCUUUCUUCUUCAUCUACUCUCUCUCGCUCUCUCUCUCUCUCCUUCCCUCCCCAUCACACCUUCAUUACCAAACCUUCUUCUUCUAGCUCGCCUGCCUCGGCGUUCCUAAGGUACUACUACUAAUCGUUAACUCUUCUUUUCAACUCCUCCUUCUAAAGGGCCUUUCUUCUUACACUCGCUGUUUGUUGUCUUGUGUCCACAUUCUUCAAAAUCAACACACACACACACACACACUUCCAUCAUCACCCCGUAUUCAGAGCGCGUUCUAUCGCACUCCAUCGUGAUCACUCCCACUCUCGAAAGGUU